UCUGAGAGUGGGAAAAUCGAUUUGAACGGUCAUCCAAUACGGAAAUCCAACUUUGGAACCCGGGCCUCUUUCUAUAUAUCCGACUUUCCGAUCCUAAGACCACUGACAUCAUGAUUUGACCGAGUUCCCCGUUGUUUUGAACGCGGCAAUAGAUCCCUACGGCCUAUAAACAUGCUCACUUUCUUGCAUUUAUUUGAGGUCGUAUGUUAUACUGUGUGAACCAGCAGAGGGCGUAGAGUUCCCUUUCUCUAAAUUGUUCUUCCACAGCAUGACGCUCUCGAACAGCUGCUGAUUCCAAGAUGACGGAUCCUACAGCAUCGCCGGAGGAUCACUGGAACAAAAAUGACGGGUCUUUCAGUGACAACGGAUUUGAUCCCAGUUUCUUUGCUGAGAAUGCAAGGAAGGGUACUGUGGUCUCCAGGGCUAACAGCAUUGGGUCCACAAGUGCCUCAUCAGUACCAAAUACAGAUGAUGAAGACAGUGACUACAGGCAUGAAACCACAUACAAGGAGUCCUACAAAGACCGGCGGAGACAGGCACACACACAGGCCGAGCAGAAACGACGGGAUGCUAUCAAGAAAGGCUAUGAUGAUCUCCAGUCCAUAGUGCCCACCUGCCAGCAGCAGUCUGAGUUUGCCGUGGGGAUACAGAAGAUCAGCAAGGCCACAGUGCUACAGAAAACUAUCGACUACAUCCAGUUUCUGCACAAGGAGAAGAAGAAGCAGGAGGAGGACAUGUCUAUGCUGAGGAAGGAAGUGAUGGCACUGAAGAUCAUGAAAACGAACUAUGAGCACAUAGUGAAGGCCCACCAGAACAACCCUCAGCAGGGGGAGGAGCAGGUGUCGGACCAUGUCAAGUUCAGCGUGUUUCAGAGCAUCAUGGACUCCCUGUUCCAGUCCUUCAGCAGGUCUGUGUCUGUGGCCAGCUUCCAGGAGCUGUCCGCCUGCGUCUUCAGCUGGAUCGAGGAGCACUGCAAGCCUCAGACAUUGCGUGAGUUUGUGGUGGGAGUUCUCCGGCAGCUCAACAGCCAGCUGUAUUAAUACAGCCAAGGCGUAAACUCAGGACAGGAAUCUCCCCUCAGGGAUGGAGCCGGGGCCUACCCUGGGUUCUCAGGGUCUGGUAGAGACCUCACAUAUCAGUCUAUCGUGUUCCCUCCUGGCCUGCAGUAUUUAAGUUGUUAACGCUUACUCAACUCACCACCAGUCUGCAGCAGGGUUGGGUGUUUCCUGUCUUGUCAGGUCAAAUCCAGCCCAGCAUUGUCUGUGGUUUUAGUCAUCAGGGUUUUUUGUUGCAGAACAGAGUUGUGUUAAACAAGGCAAAUGGCCGCUUGCUUGUAAACGUUCCGUAAUGUUUACAUUCACCACAAAUCAGGGGUUGGAACCACAUUUUAUUUUUUAAUUGUUCCAUUCCAAACCUCUUUUUUUUCUUUUUUUUUUCCAGUGUUCAAAUCAGCAUAAAGCUCUGAACGGGUCAAAUCAAAUCCAAGAGUUGUGAGUUAAAAUAUUCAAUUCAAACCAUUUGUGAUGGUAUGAGAAUUGUUAAAUGUUCAUCAUUGAUUGUGAUGUUAUGAUUGCUUGUUGUGUCCAUGCUGUGACAGAAUCAAGCAUAUCUGUAAGUCUGUUACUGCAGCUUUUCACCUUUUCAUCUUUACUGGUAGAAUAGUGAUUCAGAAAUAGUUCUGUAUUAUAACAGAAUCUCUGGCCAGGAUUCAAUCAGAUUAGCGGUAAACGCAUAGCUGAUCAUGACUUUUGUUUAGGUGGUGUUGGUGUAACUGCGUUUUAUUAAAAAUGUAUUUAACUGACUUGCCUAGAUUAAUAAAAGUUAAGAACAAAUUAUUAUUUACAGUGAAGGUGUUAGAGCUGUCAAAUCCACAAGAAGCUCCUGGCUUUGGCAUUGGAUGCAGUACCAAGUCGCAUUCAUAGAAAUCCCUUGCAGAAGUGUUACAAAUUCUGUGAGAAAUCCCGAUGUCAUUUCUAUGUAGCCGACACUUUCUUGUUCUGAACUUGAAAGGUGGCUGGGAUAUAAGGACGGGUGUGGUUUCAUGACAACGACCACAAGAGCAGCCGCUUACCAAUUUGACAGCUCUAACACAGUUACACCACCUAAAAAAAAGCAACGUGUUUGUCGGCUGAUGCAGGUUGCCAGAGAUCUGAUUGAAUCCUGGCCUCAAACAGCCAAUAAUUUAAAAAUGUAAUGUGAAGAAUUUGGUGAUUGAUUUUGACAAUGUGCUCAGGAGAACUUGUACCAAAUGUUUCAGGACCUUCUGGUAAACCUAACAGAUGUGAAUGUUUAAUCACCAGACUUUAAAAAGGGAUUUUAUACCACAAGUCUUUGUGCUGGCAUCAAUAAGUCAGGUCUGUUACGUUUUUUUUUUGCUGAUUUGGACAAUAAUUUUAUGAAAGUAUUUCAUAUGAAUGAUUUUUAAUUGCAAAAUAAACUUUAAAGUAUA